AUGUCAUCAUCAUCAUCAUCCUCUGACGAAAAAAAGUCAAAAAAGAAGAAGAAAUCGCAUGAAAAGAAGUCAAAAAAGGAGGUCAAAUUAGAGGAAAAGAAGUCAGAGAAGGAUAAAUCGGAUCAUGACUCGCAAAAGAAAACAAAAAAGGAGAAGCGCCAGGUAGAAAGUGACUCGUCUUCAGAUGAAGGUGUGGUAGAUGCAACACCGGUGAAGAAGUCCGAGAAGGGGGGCAGUCGUUUGAGAAAUGCCGACGAAGAAGAGCCAAAGAAGCGCCAGGUAGAAAGUGACUCGUCUUCAGAUGAAGGUGUGGUAGAUGCAACACCAGUUAAGAAGUCCAAGAAGGGGGGCAGUCGUUUGAGAAAUGCCGACGGAGAAGAGAUGUUCGAAUUGGGAUGGAUGCGAUAUGUGACGGCUAGAAAUUACAGAGGAAAGAUGCUCGUUGAUAUUCGUGAAUUCUAUUCAGAUAGAGUUUGUGGAUUCUGUCGUAACAUCUGUGUGCUGCGUCCAUCCAAGAAAGGCAUUAGUCUCACUAAGCAGCAGUACGAG